AUGGCCGACAUUACCUGCGCGCGCGCCACUUUACCUUUGGGGUUUUUUGUAGUGUGGGGAACUGAGGUCUGUGGCUGCGCCCGCGCAGAGGUUCGAAAACCGGUGCGGGCCAGUGCACGAUGGAAGCCUGUGUCGGACGGUCGUGUCCCGUGCCAAUCCGCGAGUGAUGUCGCAGCAUGUUGGCUGCGCGUGCCUUGUUAUGGUGCCUGUGCUUCGGGGCGCUCGGUGCGGCGGGUGCCGUGCGGCCGCACCGCGUGCACCACGUCGUGCCCGCUCGGCACAAGCACUCCGAGUUCGUCAAAGGAAAGAGUAAGUGCCGUCAGCGUCGCCGAGCCCCGUUCCCGCAGCGGGCCAUUCGAUACGCGGGUUCAGCAGAAACGUGCAGACACCGCCCCCCGGGACCGUUUCCAC